UACCCUUUGAUAACUGGAUUAAACAUGAAGUUGUGGUAUAAAAGCAACGUCCUGAUGUCCAAAGAUUCGCAAUUGACUGAAGUCUGUUCGUCAGCUACUGAAAAAGAACCAAGUGAGGAGCGGCUAACCAGCUGGCCUCUGCAAAGUUAUACUUCUUUAUAAACUUUCUUAGCACUUCUCGCAAUUUUCUCAAAUUUCCUAGCAAUGGCCCAAAACACUACAUUUGUCUCCACCUACGACGCGUUUCGUUCGGAAAGGCGUAUGCUGGGAUGGAAUACCCCAGAAGACUACAUGUCUCACGUUCACCCAUAUUGGAAGACUUUCGAAGCCCCAAACCCGUUCAUUCACUACAUGAUAGGAUUUCUCUACACCAUUUUUAUGUUUUGUUGCGUCGCUGGAAAUGGAGUCGUCAUCUGGAUCUUUACAAAUUGCAAGAGUUUGCGGACCCCUUCCAAUAUGCUGGUAGUCAAUCUGGCGAUUUUGGAUAUGAUCAUGCUGUUGAAAUCUCCCGUUAUGAUCAUCAAUUCCUACAAUGAAGGGCCUGUCUUUGGAAAAUUAGGUUGCGAUGUUUUCGCUCUUAUGGGAAGUUAUAAUGGAAUUGGUGCAGCAGUGAACAACGCCGCUAUUGCUUACGAUCGCCACCGUACUAUCUCUCGUCCAUUGGAUGGCAAAUUGUCUCGCAAGCAAGUAACUUUGAUGAUUGUUGCCAUCUGGGCUUGGGCCACACCUUUUUCGGUGAUGCCUUUCUUUGGCAUUUGGGGAAGAUUUGUGCCUGAGGGCCUCCUGACCACUUGCACCUUCGACUACAUGACGGAGGAUUCUUCGACCAGGUUGUUCGUUGGCACCAUUUUCUUCUACGCCUACGUCAUCCCGCUGGCAAUGCUUAUUUUCUACUAUUCCAAAAUUGUGAGAUCUGUUGGCGCUCACGAGAAGACUCUCCGUGACCAGGCCAAAAAGAUGAACGUUACUUCCCUGCGCAGCAACCGCGAUCAAAAUGAAAAAUCAGCUGAGGUUCGCAUUGCUAAAGUUGCAAUUGCUCUUUCCGCCUUGUACGUUUUCGCUUGGACUCCUUAUGCCUUUGUGGCCCUCACAGCCGCUUUUGGAAAUAGGUCCAUCCUGACACCGCUUAUGAGCACCGUGCCCGCCUGUUGUUGCAAAUUUAUUUCCUGCAUCAACCCAUGGAUGUAUGCAAUCAACCAUCCUCGUUAUCGCAUGGAACUGCAGAAGAAAAUGCCCUGGUUCUGCAUUCACGAACCUGUUCCUACCAACGACGAUUCGAGCGUCAGUUCGGCCACGACAGAAAUGUCUGGUGUCUCCAAGGAAACUUCUUCAUAAAAUCUGCAUAGCCUUUAAUUAUUUUGACCAAGGACCGAAACAGGAUCAUGAAUAUAACCUUCCGAAGAAAAAAUCAUCCAUAGCAAUUAGUAGUAGUUUUAAUAUCCCACAAUAUAUAUUGAUUUGUUGAAUUACAAAUAAACAAACCCAGCAUAA